UUUCAACCUCGCAACCUCUUCAAUCGCAAUAUCAUCAACCUUCAACUACCUACCCUCUACGUUCUACCUAGCUACCUACCUGUUUACCAUACAGAACACAUACACGAAUAAACGCAUAGAAACUCGCACGAUGACAUUCACCGCCCCCGAACGAAAAGAGGGCGAACCCCCCAGGUUGAUCGUCGUCUCGAACCGUCUGCCCGUGACCAUCAAAAAGGAUGCAAAGACCGGGGAAUACACUUACAAGAUGUCCUCCGGAGGUCUCGUCUCGGCGCUCUCGGGAUGCAAGAAGACGAUGCAAUUCACCUGGAUCGGUUGGCCCGGCCAAGACAUCCCCAUGAAAGACCGCCAACAGGUCGAAGACCACCUCCUCAACGAAUUCAACUGUUACCCCGUCUACCUCUCGGACGAACUCGCCGACAGGCACUAUAACGGGUUUUCCAACUCGAUCCUGUGGCCGCUGUUCCACUACCACCCGGGUGAGAUGAACUUUGACGAGGACAACUGGUUGGCUUAUCGGGAGGCCAACAUGAGGUUUGCCGAGGUCGUCAACGGGUUCGUGGGCAAGGGAGACAUGGUCUGGGUCCAGGACUACCAUCUCAUGCUCCUACCGAUGCUCUUGCGAACGAUGAUGUCGGGAACUUCCGCUCAGGGCGAGACAACCCGAAAAGAACUCUCUCGAGUGGCCGUCGGCGUCUCUACCGACAUUUCCAAGGUCAUGGGUAUCCAACCUGCCAAGACUAGCAAGGCCGGCGUCCCGCUCACCCCGGAAGCCUUGCCCAACUCGGCCCUCCCGCACGAACGUGCUAGCAAGACCCUGGACGAAGGGGUUGCCGACGUCGAAGGUGCCGACGAGGACGAGUUUGACGAAGAGAGGUUGCAGAGGCAACAACAGGAACGGGACGAUGCCGCCGUGGAAAAGGCUGCCGAGGCCAACGGCAAGGGUGGCGUCAAGAUCGGGUUCUUCUUGCACACGCCUUUCCCGAGUAGCGAGAUUUAUAGGAUCUUGCCCGUCAGGAGGGAGAUCUUGUUGGGAGUCUUGCAGUGUGAUCUCAUCGGUUUCCACACCUACGACUAUGCUCGUCACUUCUUGUCGUCCUGCACCCGUAUCCUCGGACUACCCACCAUGCCCAAUGGUCUCUGGUUCGAGGGUCGAUACGCCCACGUCGGUACCUUCCCCAUCGGUAUCGAACCCAUGCAAUUCGUCGAGGGUCUCGAGAAGCCGACCGUGCAGAAGCGUCUGGCUCAGCUGGAGAAGCGUUUCGAGGGCGUCAAGGUCAUCAUCGGAGUCGAUCGAUUGGAUUACAUCAAGGGUGUCCCUCAAAAGUUGCACGCGCUCGAGACCUUUUUGCACCAACACCCCGAGUGGAUCGGCAAGGUCGUCCUCGUCCAGCUCGCCAUUCCCUCGAGGCAAGACGUCGAAGAGUACCAAAACCUGAGGAGCAUGACCGAACAGCUCGUCGGACGCAUCAACGGACAGUUUGGGACCGUUGAGUUCAUGCCGAUCCAUUUCAUGCACACCAGCGUGGCCAUGGACGAGCUUACCGCCAUGUACGCCCUUUCGGACGCUUGUUUCGUCACCUCGACGAGGGACGGGAUGAACUUGGUCGCCUACGAGUACAUCUCGAGUCAGGUCAAGAAGCACGGUGUCAUGAUCUUGUCCGAAUUCGCCGGUGCCGCUCAGAGUUUGAACGGAAGCUUGAUCAUCAACCCUUGGGACGUGCAAUCUACGGCUGAUGCCAUUUACGAUGCCGUAACCAUGGACGCCGAGACCAAGAAGAGCAACCACGACAAGCUGUGGAAGUACGUCUCGACCCACACGUCCGAAAAGUGGGGAACCGACUUUGUAUCCGAGCUCAAACGCAUUCAAGGCGCUCCUCCUUCCGCUCCUGUACCUGGUGGCCGUAACAGGCGAACGAGCGUUGCGGGAAGCAUCAUGUCGUCUGCCGGUGGUCGAGCCAGGAGGACUUCGUCCAUCGUCGGGCUCAAGCAGUAACUUCGAGCGAGUUCGUUUGUGUUUGUGAGGUUUCGGGUCGUCUGCCUUGGGGACGCCUACAAUAUAUAUAGACAGUAGCUGUGACGGUGGAUUAGAUCUUGUCUGCCCAUCGCAAAAUGAAAGAAAUGAUUUAUUGUGCUGCGAA